AUGACAGCCAUUGUAUGCUUCAUCUGGCUACGCGAGCCUUUCACGUGGAAAGAAGCACUUUGCAGCUUCGUCGCAUUCUGCGGCGUUCUCUUCGUCGCGAGACCACCAUGGCUAUUUCCCGCUUCGCACUCAAGGCCACUAGCCGAUGGCUCGGACGGGCAUGCACCAUUACCAUCAACUACCGCUGAACAACGCGCUCUGGCAAUCCUCAUUGCAAUUCUAGGCACGCUUGGUGCUUCGACAGCCUACGCAACCAUCCGAGUGAUCGGCAAGCGUGCCCACUCGCUCAUCUCGGUGAAUUACUUUUCUCUCAUCGCAACGAUCGCCUCUUUCGUGCUCAUCCUGGUUCACCCUUCGUUACAUUUCGUCAUGCCCAAAACGCUCGGUCAGUGGGGAUUGAUCGCCAUUAUUGGGCUCUUCGGGUUUCUGUUGCAAUUUCUCUUGACGGAAGGCCUGCAGAGGGAGAAAGGUGGAAGAGCAACAAACUUGACGUAUCUGCAACUUGUCUUCGCGCUUGUUGUCGAGAAGGUGAUCUGGGGAACUACGCCGCCUGCUGAGAGCUUGGUGGGAGCCGUGCUUAUCAUCGGAGCGGCGAUUGCGGUCAGUCUGCAGAGGUCGGGUGGGAAGGAUGAUAAGAAAGCUGAAGUUAUCGAAGAAGAGAGGAGGCUGUUGGAGGAUGAGAAUUGA